AUGGGUUCAACAUGUAAAAAAUGUGGUAAUUUGAAAAAAUUUGAUUCAUUAUUUGAAUGUAACGAUGAUGAUGGUGGGGAAGAUUUAUCUUAUUUUCAAUGGGAGACAGAUGAAUCAAGAAUGGUGAAAAUAGAAAAGCCAGGUACAGUACAAGAUGCAAUUAAAAAUUUAAAAAAUAAAACAAAACAAUUUCUAAUGCAUAGUUUUGUUACAAGUAUUCAAUAUUUACAUUUUCAAGAAUGUAAACCUGAUGUUAAUAAAACAUCAAUAGUUUUACAAUUUGAUUUUUCAGAAAAUUAUAGAACCAGUUAUCAAGACGAAAUACAAAACGCAUUUUUUAAUUACAAUCAAGUUGGUUUAUUUAUUGCUGUUGGCUGGUCUGGUUCGGGGGUGAUAAAUUAUGUUUAUAUAUUAGGGGGUUAUAGGUUAUCGACCAUGCUGAUUGCGAAUACGACCAUGCGGCUUCCGCAUAGCCCUUCGAAGACCUGGUUUUCUAGAAAACGAGUUUUUCAGAAACCCCAAAAAAGAACCCGAACCGUUCUUAAUGAGGCAUGA